AUUUAAAACCGGAACAAACAGAAGGAGCAGAGGCAGAGCAGAGCUAGUUGUUGAGUGUUUCAGUUCAGGUGUUAUUACGUAUUAAACAGACACAGUACAGCGUGUGUGUGUGUGUUUGUAAAAUACGUUUUUUUUUUUUUUUUUUUAACUGACGGGAGGAUUUCAGCUCAUCCGUGCCGCAGCUGGGAGAAGAAGUAGAGCUGAAGAUGAGAGCACAACAUUAGCCAAACACCAGGAUUUUAUGUUUUUAUUUUCUUUUUUUCUUUUUUUUUAUCAGUGUGAGUUUAUUAUUUUUUAAUAAUUUGAAUUAUAAUGAAGGGCUCCCACUCUGCCAUGUCCAGCCGGAGCAGGAGGAGGAGCGGCGGGGCGGUCGGGCUGCUGUACACGCUGCUCGGUGCGUGUCUCUGGGCUGCGGUGGUCGGGUACAAGCCGGUGAUCAUUGUGCACGGUUUGUUCGACAGCUCAGGGGAUUUUAAAAACUUACAGCGGUUCAUUAACGAGUCUCAUCCUGGAACAAAUGUGACGGUCAUCGACUUGUUCGACAGAAGUGCCAGCCUGCAGCCCAUGUGGAAGCAGGUGGAGGGAUUCAAGGCAGCUAUUUACCCAAUAAUGCAAAACGCAGCAGACGGAGUUCACUUCAUCUGCUACUCUCAAGGUGGACUGGUUUGCAGAGGAAUCCUCUCUACUCUGUCCGACCACAACGUCCACUCCUUCAUCUCUCUGUCCUCGCCUCAGGCCGGGCAGUAUGGAGACACGGACUACUUAAAGUACCUCUUCCCUCAGUUUGUCAAGUCCAAUCUAUACCACCUCUGCUACACCUCAAUAGGUCAAAGGAUAUCCAUCUGCAACUACUGGAACGACCCCCACCACAGAGACCUGUACGUGAACAGCAGUGAUUAUUUGGCUCUGCUCAACAGUGAGAGACCCAAUCCUAAUUCAACAGAGUGGAAGAAAAACUUCCUCAAGAUCAAGAAGUUGGUGUUGAUUGGCGGACCAGACGAUGGAGUCAUCACUCCCUGGCAGUCGAGCCAGUUUGGAUUUUAUGACGACAAUGAGACUGUUGUUGAGAUGCAGCAUCAAGAUUUGUACUUGAGAGACGUUUUUGGUCUGAAGACGCUGGCAGCUCGCGGGGAUCUGAUCCUCUGCUCUGUUCCUGGCGUCGAACACGUCUGGUGGCACUCGAACGAGACUGUGUUCCACCUGUGUAUGGAGAAGUGGCUGGUAUAGAAUAAGACUCCACGCAGCACACACACACAGAUACACACACAUCUUACAGUUUUAUAAGCUCUGAACUUCCAGCAUGUAUGAAAGUCUGCCUCUAUGACCACUGUGUAUUAUCCUCACACACAUUUGUGAGUCUUCUCUUAAGUUUGUGUUUCUAAAGAUACAUAGAAAUAGUUUGACAUUUUGAGAAAUGUGCUUAUUGUCUGUGUGAUAUGAAGCUAGUGAACAUGUACACAGGUGUUUUUUAGAACCAAUAUUUUCUUUUAAAAAUCUCUGUCCACAUGAAAAUGCAAAAUCACGGUCAAGAGCAUGUCAAACCAGCAGGGGGCGAUACAACCCUAACUGGAUUAUUGGAUCCUUUAGGAUAAUAACAAUGACACCACGUGCCAAAAACGUUUCUACAUGUCAACACUGAAAACAGUUUCUAAACCUUGCGAAUGGUAAAUUUUCAGUGACUAUAAAAGCAUGAAGAUAGAAGAAGCAGUGUUUAAAAAAGAAUACCUGCGUACAUGUAGACGAGGCCUAACUAAGUAAAUAAGUGCAUUUCCCUAAAUGUCAAACUCUCAGUUUCUUUUAAACCUUGUUGCUGCUCUCAGACUGAACAAACACAAAGGCUUCCACAAACCUGGUAAAGGUUUAACUGUUAUCAUGUCCUUAUGGUCCUGAAAAGGAAACGCAAAUCUGACAUUAAGGAAGCACUCCAGCAAUUUGGUAUUGCAAUUCCAUGAGGUGAAUGUAGCAGAGGCUGAAGGUCCUUACUUCCGUUACCAAGGUUUCCCAAAAUCCUGCAAUUUCUGUUAUUAUAGUAUUUUUAUCAGACCAUCUCUACCUGAUGAAAACCCACGUCUUCUCACCUCCAAGCUGUGGUAAAACCCUGAUUAAGAGGCCAAUACUGUGUACUCCAUCAGAUCUACUUGUUGGAUAGUCAGACAUCUUCUCUCUCCUUUUUUUUCAUUCUUUACACAAGUAUUUUCACUGUCAGUUUUCAUGAGACACAACCAAGUGCAACACAAUGAAUGUCUUCCAGGAGAGACUGUCUGAAAAGGUGAGCUGUUAUCUUUGUUUAGUGCCCCUUUAAUUUGUAUUGAAAAUGUUAAUUUAUUACUCUAAAAUAUGGAUACAUGCAUACAUACAGUUCACCCAUGUGUGUGUCUGUGUGCGUUUGCUCACACGUACCUCAAAAACACCACAGAACACAACAGUGCCUGAGCGAUGUUCUGUCAUCUAUGUGUACAGACUCACUGCCCUGCUCAUCUUAUGAUGCAGUAAAUUGUAUAUUUUUAUCCUUCCAUUUUUAUCCUUAUUUUUAUUAGUGUGCACAUCUGAUCAUGAAUAUCAGUGUCAUUAUCAUGCAGUGCUAUGGAGCUGUACUCUAUUGCUUUAGUAGAUCGAGCCUUAAAAUUUCCCCUCAUGCCUCAAUGUUUCAUGUCCAUUACCUAAGUGCUAUGACACACUGCCUUUAGUGACGGUGCUAAAAAUGAUGAUGGAGAUGUGGAGUGGCUGGAGAGUGGCAGUGAUACAGUAUAUUAGUGUUUACUUGUCCACCAAACUAUUGUAUGUGGCACUCUUUACCUCCCAUCGCAUUUAGAUAUCUCAGGCGUUUGGUCAACUUUUCAUGUUUGUUCGUCUAUGGUUUAGAAAAAGGGAUUCGUUUCUCUUAAUUGUUUGCAUUUUGUUGGAUGUUUUUUGCUGCCUGUUGUGCUUACAGAAGAGGAAAAUGGAAAUAUCUACUGUGUGAUAUAUAUAAAAAAAACAAACCAAAAAAAAAAAAACAAAACAAAAGAAGUGGAAAAAUCUGCAUUGCACAAUGUUUAACCAGAUAAAGAAAAGGGAAAGAAUGUUUUUAACUAUUUAAAGUUGUCAAAUUUGAAAUAUUAUUUUAAUAUUGUUUGCUUGUGCAAAUUAAUUGACCGACUCUAACUGCAUAAAUUAUCGAUUUAAGGGAUAUCCUCUCAGUUCAAUCAUCCUGCAGAUAUUAAACGUGGAUAUGAACACUUUUUUAAACUUAAACAGAAAUUACUAUUUUGACAUUGACCCACAGUUUCUACAGUAUUUGGUCUGAAUUAAGUAUCAAAUGUUGUUAAUUCCUCAAUAAAAGACAGUUUUGAACAUC